CCAGUCCUCCUCCUGCGGGAGCGCUGUCCGCUGCGGCGGCCGGAUCGGGCCGGGCCGGGGGAUGGCGCUGCUGGACCUGGCCCUGGAGGGAAUGGCCGUCUUCGGGUUCGUCCUCUUCUUGGUGCUGUGGCUGAUGCAUUUCAUGGCCAUCAUCUACACCCGAUUACACCUCAACAAGAAGGCAACAGACAAACAGCCAUAUAGCAAGCUGCCAGGGGUGUCUCUUCUGAAACCGCUGAAAGGAGUAGACCCUAACCUAAUCAACAACUUGGAAACAUUCUUUGAAUUGGAUUAUCCCAAGUAUGAAGUACUCCUCUGUGUCCAAGACCAUGAUGAUCCAGCCAUUGAUGUGUGUAAGAAGCUUCUUGGGAAAUAUCCAAAUGUUGAUGCUAGAUUGUUUAUAGGUGGCAAAAAGGUUGGCAUUAAUCCUAAGAUUAAUAAUUUAAUGCCAGGAUAUGAAGUUGCGAAGUACGAUCUUAUAUGGAUUUGUGAUAGUGGAAUAAGAGUGAUUCCAGACACACUCACGGACAUGGUUAACCAAAUGACAGAAAAAGUAGGGCUGGUUCACGGGCUGCCAUAUGUAGCAGACAGACAGGGCUUUGCUGCUACUUUAGAACAGGUGUAUUUUGGAACCUCUCAUCCAAGGUCCUAUAUCUCUGCCAAUGUCACUGGUUUCAAAUGUGUGACAGGAAUGUCUUGUUUAAUGAGAAAGGAUGUAUUAGAUCAAGCAGGAGGGCUUAUAGCUUUUGCUCAGUAUAUUGCUGAAGAUUACUUUAUGGCCAAAGCAAUAGCUGACCGAGGUUGGAGGUUUGCAAUGUCCACUCAAGUUGCAAUGCAAAACUCUGGCUCAUACUCAAUUUCUCAAUUUCAGUCCAGAAUGAUCAGGUGGACCAAACUGCGAAUUAACAUGCUUCCUGCUACAAUAAUUUGCGAGCCAAUUUCAGAAUGCUUUGUUGCCAGUUUAAUUAUUGGAUGGGCAGCCCACCAUGUAUUCAGAUGGGAUAUUAUGGUAUUUUUCAUGUGUCAUUGCCUGGCAUGGUUUAUAUUUGACUACAUUCAACUCAGGGGUGUCCAGGGUGGCACGCUGUGUUUUUCAAAGCUUGACUAUGCAGUAGCCUGGUUCAUCCGUGAAUCCAUGACAAUAUACAUUUUUUUGUCUGCAUUAUGGGACCCAACGAUAAGCUGGAGAACUGGUCGCUACAGACUGCGCUGUGGAGGCACAGCUGAAGAAAUCCUAGAUGUAUAA